GGGAAGGUACCGAAAAUUCCAUCGAAAUCGGCCGCGAAAUUGAGACCUUUAACCACAGAUGUCCUUCAUCGAUGAAUUUCAAGCCAAAAUUGUGAGACAAAAUGAGCAACGUUGUGAACAAGAAAUAGAAGAUAUCAAGAAUGGUGUCAGGGCUGGAAAUAUCACACCAGAUACUUCACUUAUUAGAUUCUCAGAUGAAGCACUAGAUGAGCAAAAGCAUAGCAUCAGGAUUGCAGAUGAAAAAGUUGCCUUGGCUGUUCAAGCUUACGAUUUGGUAGAUACACACAUACAACAGCUUGAUCAACAUUUGAAAAGAUUUGAUGAAGAGCUCCGGCAUGAAAGAGAGAAUGCUGCUGCUGCUGUUUUGCCUGCUACAAGUCUUGAUGGCAGUGCGAAAUCUGGAAGAAGUAGUGAAGGUGGAAGAGGAGGGCGUAAAAAGUAUCUACUCAUCUUAGAUAUCCUUAUAUUUGGUUUCCUUAUGGAUUGCUUAAACUUGUUUUAGUUAGCUGUUAUUGUGCUGUUGAUUCUUGCUUUCGUCUUCCUGAGGAAGUUAUUUUCUCUAUUACUUGUGCAAGUUGUUUGAGAUCACCCCAAAAUUGAACUGACCUGAAGUGGAUCAAGUGAUUUUGUCUAGUUCUAUAUGGGACCAUAGUUUAUCACAGUUCCAAAAUUUUGUGAUCCAGUUGGUCUGGGUCAAAAUUGGUUCUGAGCUAUGAGUGAUCUAAACCACACCAUGUGACACAAACAAUAUAUUCUCUUGUUUUUCUCCCCACAGCAGAAAGCUUGGCUUGAAAAAUAAAGUCCUUAUUCAUGC